UUCAGAUGGUGAGAGUAAAGGGCUUUGUUCUUACAGAGAAACCGUCGUUGUUGAAGCAUGUCGUGGGAAUGCUUGGUUGGUGGGAUGAGAUUGAUAAAUCCGACGAGUGGCAGAGAUCCAUUUUCUAUUUCUUGUCUGCUUCUUAUGCUCUUAUUUCAUUUGUUGCUCUGGUACAAUUAUGCAGGAUUCAACUGCGAGUGCCGGAGUACGGGUGGACGACACAAAAGGUUUUUCACUUGAUGAACUUUGUUGUGAAUGGAUUGAGGGCUGUUCUUUUCUGUUUCUACAAGACCGUGUUUCUUGUUAAAUCCAAGGCACUCGAAAUGGUGCUUCUGGAUCUUCCUAACCUUCUGUUUUUUUCAACAUAUAUGUUGCUUGUUCUUUUCUGGGCCGAGAUAUAUUACCAGGCAAGAAGUCUUCCUAUUAAUAAACUAAGACCUGCAUACUAUAGCAUCAACGGAUUUAUAUACUUUGCUCAGGUGUGCAUAUGGAUUUCCAUACGAUUAAGUAAAAGCCCGAUUGCGAUCGAAUUUGCUAGAGUCUUUAUUUCAAUUGUUUCGCUUUGUGCUGCGUCCGGGUUCAUUCUAUACGGUGGGAGGUUGUUCUACAUGUUGAGACGCUUCCCUAUCGAAUCCAGAGGUCGCCAGAAAAAGCUGUUUGAGGUUGGCUUCGUAACUGGGAUAUGCUGUGCCUGUUUCGUGCUAAGAUGCCUCAUGGUUCUGGUCUCGGCUUUUGACGAGGAUGCGGAUAUCGAUGUUCUAUACCAUCCCCUCCUAAAUCUUAUAUAUUACAUGUUGGUAGAGAUUAUUCCAUCAGCUUUGGUGCUGUUUAUACUUCGGAAAUUGCCUCCGAAGCUAGUUUCGGAUCAGUACCAUCCCAUCAAAUGAAGAGUUGCAUGCAGCUGUACCCAGAAACUUGAAAGAUUAAAACGGUCAGGAAAAUGUGUAAGCUGCCAGCAAGGACUUGAGCCAUGGGGACUUAACAUUUCUCUAUGUACAUUCACUCUCAAAACACU